AUGAGCAGUAGUAGCCGCCCUCACUCCCACUCCCACGCUGCCUCGUCUCCCUCCAACCGUCCUCUGCAGCUUGCAGUUCUUGGCGCCUCUGGUGUAGGCAAAAGCACUCUUGUCUCUCGAGUCACCGUCCACCAUGCCCCCACUGCCCACCACCCAACAACCCAGCACAGCAGUUGGUUGGCCCACUACGAACCACACAGUCCCCUGGCUCGCACUCUACUGGACCCACAGCCACAAAGACGUCUGUGUCUCCGAACUCCAAGCAGUAUCUGUCCAGACCCACUUUUCGCAUCACCUUGUCUGGGCUUGACCCUGCUGGGACCAUUGGUCUAUUCUGCCUUUCUAGACGAAUAUACAGAGGCAUCGUCUCAAUUGCAAUUGCAGUUGCAACCACAAGUACCUUCACUGUCACUAUCGCAAACGCAAACGCGGGCACAGGCACAUAACUCUCUUAUACAGACACGUCAGUCGUCCAUAAGAUCGGGAUCCCACAUGCGACUGCCGAUGAGGUCAGAUUACACUCUGCCUGCAAACUACAUCCCACCACACUUCCAUCCGAUCACACUAGAUAUCAUUGACACAAAACCAUACGACCCGGCUAGCGUGGUCCCCUUUUUAGAGGUCAGCUUGUUUAGUAGGAACCUGGGCAAGAAUGUGCUGCACAACUUGGCAGAUUCUCCGCGACAUCCUGUCUCAACGUCGGCGCUUCUGGUGGCAUCUGGUGCUUCCGAGCUGAAUGCCAAUAUCGAUGGAUAUCUGCUGGUGUAUAGUGCAGUGCCCGAGUUGAAUAGACGCUCACAGCCACCAGCGUAUGGCAAUUCAAAUUCUAACGAGAUGCAGGGCGAGGGUGCUCAUGACGACGACGGAGGACUUGCUACCGUACGGGACGUCCGAGAUGCCAUCAUCGAAGCUUGGACAGAGUAUCGUGAUUACAAAGCUCGGUGGGUCAAAGGCCAAGAAUCAGACGUCUAUUCUCUUGCUCAUUCUUGGAAAACAAUCUGGCAUACCCCUUCGCAAGAACUGGCCAAAGAAAAAACACGCCACGAUCUACGAACGUUCCAAACCUCUCUGCAACCAUUGGAUUUGAACCCUCGCUCGCCAGAGUCACCACCGCCAAUGAUCGUGGUUUGUACGCAUGCAACUUCUCCAAGAGCCUCCGACGCCUUAAUACAGCGCGGCUUACAAUUGGCCAACUCUUGGGAUUGUAGUUUUGUGGCUUUGGAUAGUAUAGAUAAUUUAAAUGUAGAUGUAGCGUUUAGUCUAUUGAUUAGAGAAAUCGUAGAAAAGCAAAUCCUACAACGGAAUACAUAG